AUGUCGAAACCAAUGUUCACAGUCGACGAGAAAUUCGUUGCCUUCUACGAUGGAUCGAAACCACGAGAGGCUUCUGUCUUCGGAUUCAAAGAAGUCAGAGGACGUCUUCACUAUCAAAUCCAUUUCAUUGGAUUCUCUUCAUUUUACGAUGAUACCAUUCCAGUUGGAGAAGAAUCUGGAAAAAUGAUCAAAGGCACAAUGAAGGACUUCAAGAGGAGGCAAAAAGAAGCUGUGCAAGCGGCGAAGAGUCAGGAGUCGUCAGAAGGUCCGUCUACCUGUGCUGGUUCUUCGGCUGGACUUUUGGAGCCAACACCAAUUGUCGGAUUCAACUGGCCACCAAUUCUGAAGAAUGUCAUUGCACUCGAUCACCACCGCAUCCAUCAGCACUUCGAACAUCAACUUCCAUGUAGAUUCACAGUGGACAAAAUUAUGGAGGAGUACCUCGAGCACUUCGAAACAUUGCCGGAAGUCACGGAUGAUGGACCAACCAACACAGUUCUCGUCAAGAAGAAUCUUUCUAUGGUGAAAAGGAUGUUCAAUGCGGUUCUCCGAAACUUCCUUCUUUACAAACCGGAGAGAUUUGGCUACAAUGACCUAUUGAAAGAUAAAGCAAAGGAAAACAAGGUGGAGUAUCAGUGUGUCAGCCAACUGCCAGAUCUCCCAGCAUCGGAGCUUUUUGGACUGGCUCAUCUUCUCCGAUUGUUCGUUAACUUCCCGCAGCAAUUGAAGAACUUGAAGCUCAAUAAUGCGGUGAUCAAUCGCACCAUUGAGUCCUUGCAAGGAUUCAUGGACUUCCUCAAAGAGAACCGAGAGAAGUAUUGGAAAGAGGAUUGCGGCUAUGUGACACUCGCAUCGUAUAUCCGACGUCAGCUGAGCAACAAUGGCAUGUAA